AUGGCGGCCGGCGACGCCCCGCCAAACGUGCCAGUCCCCUGGGGCAAGCUUCUGCAAUGGGUUCAAGAGCAGCUGGUCGUUGAAAAGGAGACGGACCAACCCGCUGCCCUGACGCGCCUGCAGCUCGAGGCCAUAUCCCAUCUCGUCUCGUUCAACGAGGAGCCCGAGGUGGGCAACCAGGACUACGUCAGCCUUUUGAUUCAAAAGGUACAGAUCCUGCGCCUGUCGAACCCCGUGUUCGCCGACGAACUACCAGUCAGCCUGCCCGUCGACGGCCACUUCCAGUUCCGCUGGCGAUGCGUGUGCACCUUGGCACCCUACGGCGUGUUUCCUCGUGACGGAUUCGGCUUCGCGGCGGGGCAGCAAGCGCCGCUGUUCCAGUCCAAAAAGACCGCGAAGCAAUUUGCCGCCAAGCAUGCCCUCGCUUAUCUGUCCGACGCUCUGCAAACCCUCACGCCGAACCUGAAAAAGAGACCACUGCAGUCUUCACAGGCCGAAUCUCCGGAGCCGUCGCCGGCCGGCCAGGCGCAGCAGAAAAAGCUCUCCCUCUCGCCCGGACCGCCGUCGACCGGCGGGAAGCAGUCGAUUUUCGAGCAGGUGUCUAUCGUCGUAAGCCGGCUGGGCAUAGAUAACCCCGCCUACAGGAUAGAGCCGGAUCCAACCGGGAGCGGCCUCUUCUGCGGCCGUCCCGUCUUCCAGAACGGGGGGCGGAUACCGUCCCAAGUCGGCGUGGUGAGCGGGAUAGCGUCCGAGACACUGGCCAAGCAGCGCAUAGCGGAGCUCGUCCUUGCCUGGGGGGAGGAAGAGUUCCAAAAGAGGCAGCGGCUCCUCUUCAAAACCCUCUGGGGACCCGCGACUGCAAAAAACAUGGACAAGGAUAAGGACAAGGCUGCUGUCGUGGACGCGGCUCAAGGUGUCCCAGGGUCGGGCGAGGCCGCAAAGUAG